AUGGACGUCUCCGAGUUCCAUCGUCCGCUCCCCGGCGGCCCAGCGAGCCCGGCCGCCCCCGAUGUCCAUCAUCGCUCGUCCUCGGCCGCCUCGGUCUCGACAAGCCCGCACGGAGGCGGCGGCAGCAGCAUCGGCGACACGCGGAAAAGAAGCUUCAGCUCGGUCGAUCACCAGUCUCCCCUCUCCGAUGAGCACCAUCACCUCUCCGGCGCCGCCGCCGCCGCCAACCGCCGCAAGUCGCAGAAGGUCAGCCGGGCUUGCGACUUUUGCAAACAGCGCAAGGCCAAGUGCAGCGGUACCAUCCCCUGCGACAAGUGCACGCGAAAGGGCCUCACUUGUGUCUACGAUGCCAAGUAUUCUCGCGGUAGACCACCAACGCCGCCUCCGUCAGCGGUCUGGUCUGCCGGCUCAACCGGAACCUCUCACCCUGGGCCCUCUUCCGGCUCCGAAGAGCCUCCUGUCAUGUAUCAAACGACGGAGACGGGUGGGAGAACAGUGUCUGCGCCGGUUCCGGUGCAGUCCUCGCUGCGCGGACAGGUUCGUGACAGUCAAGGCCCGGCGUCGAGGGCGUCGCCUGAGUUAGGCAUGGCGGAGAUCCAGGGCCAGGUGUUUGACCCGACCUCUGGUGUCACCUUCCUGCAUCGGGCAUGGAAGCGAUUGUCCAAGCAUGAUAGUAACAUCGUGCCCGACGACCUUAACGCGUCAACGGAGAACCAACCCCUCAUGCUGGCUGGCGACAAGCCCUUGCCUGCAAUUACCGAUGAAGACAUUGCCAACUUCUCGCUUCCUGACUCGAGAGAGCUUCGGGAGCUAUUGGCCAUGUAUUUUGAUGUUUGCAUCGCCACGUAUCGUGUGCUACAUCGGCCGUCGGUCGAGAGUUGGCUGAAAACGAUGGUCAGCAAUCUCGACCAGGGCAAACCCGUCUGGCACGACAUCGGCCGCGGCAAAGCAGCGAUAGUCCUCACAGCGCUUGCCGUCUCCACGGCUCAUAGCGAAAAGUCCAAAGGUUUUCACUCACCCGAAGACGAGAGGCUCUCCUUGGCACGGAGUGAUCGUCUGUUCUGCGUCGCUCUUCACUUGACAGACACCGAGACGGGCCUCCCGCGACUAGAGUCCGCGCAGUCCCGUCUCAUCCAGGUCCUCUAUCUUCUUACUACUUCACGUAUGAACCGCGCCUGGUACACCUUUGGAAACUGCUUGCAGAUUAUAUCGGCUCUUGGGAUGCAUCGCAAAGCUGCCAAGAAGCGGCAUUUGACGGCGGGGAACUCGGAUUACAUCCAGGCACAAUGUCGUGUUCGGACGUUCUGGACAGCAUACGUUCUCGACAAAUAUCUGGGCGUCAUAUUCGGCCGACCGCGCCAUUUCCAUGACGAUGAUAUCGAUCAAGACUACCCCGACAGGAUAGACGACGAGGACAUGACCGCGCAGGGCCCUAUUGAAAGAUUCGAAGAGCAUUCAGACUGUCAUAUUGAUGCUCUGAUAUGCCACGUCAAAAUUGCACAAAUCAUCGGGAACACAUCAAGAGAAGUGUAUUCCAUCAAAGCAAUCUCAGAACAAGAAAGGGUCGCCGCCGCACAUCGCUUCAGCGAAAAGAUUCACGAAUGGCGCGCGAGUUUACCACCACACCUGGGCUCUAUCCGGCCGUCAAUGCUCAUUCCCAGCUUCCGUCGUCAAGCAACUGUCUUGAAGCUUGCCUACUCACACGCAAUCAUGCAUGCAAACAGGCUGUUUCUCUUGGGCAACCUGAGCUCCGGCAGCGAGACGCAGAUCUUGGAGUGCAUCGGCGCGGCGAGAACGGUUCUCGAAACCGUCGACGGGAUGGCUGCCGAAGGGCCCAUCUUCCACGCGUUCUGGUGGACUCAGUAUGUCACGUUCUGCGCCUUGCUCGUGACGUACGUAUGGGACAUCCAACAGAAGCGCCGUGGCAUCGUGCUCGAAGCCGAGGGGAGCGCAAAGCACGCAAAGCUGAUGGACCUGGCCGAGCGUUGCCAAACCCAUCUCGCGCACGCAACGGCGUCGAACUCACCCAGUCGGCGGUAUGCCAUCAUUCUGGAAGAGUUCAGGACGGAGGGCCUCGGCCAGAUGUCACGGAAAAAUUACGGCGGACCCUCGCAGUCCUCUCGGACGACGGUUUCCAAAGCGGCUGCCGUCUCCACGGACACUCACGUACAGCCUUCUCAACCGCAAGGAAACGGAACGGCCCAUAUGGGCGGAUUCGAUUUCAACUCCGCAUACGCUGCCGGAUCCAGCACCGUCGAUCUGCUGGGCCAGGGAGAUGCAGAGCUGCUUGGCUCCAACUUGUUAGACGAAUGGCAGACGACGGAUUGGCUGGAACUGGACUCGUCAGCCUUCGGCCCCUACUUGGACAUUGACACGAAUCCAUACGCAUGGAUGCCGGAUAUAGGCGGUUGA